AUGGCGGGGAAGUGUGACACCAUCUCCAAGGGCUUUGCUGGCUGCCUCAUCAGCCUGGGGCACAGCAUGGCCCAGAGCGUCCGGCGGCAGCGGGAAGAGAGCGGCGAGGAGGCGCAGGAGCUGGACACCAUCUGCAAGUCCUGGGAUGACUUCCACGCCUGCGCCAGCGAGGUGCUGUCAAGCUGCCCCGAGGAAGCGGCCACCAUCUGGGAGUCGCUGCGCCAGGAGUCCCGCAAGAUCCAGUUCCAGGGGAACCUACAGGAGCUGUGCA